AUGCUAGAGGAAUCCAAACCACUCGCCGCCCUUAACAACACCACUCAGCCAUUUUUCAAGCCAGAGGGAUCCAAGCCACCGCUCACCCCUCUUGAUAACACCACUCCGCCACUAUAUUUCGAUACAGAGGAAUCCAAGCCACAGCGCGCUAACACGACAACGAGAGAAAGUACGGACCAGGAAGACCACGAGCGAACGUGGGAGCCUGAUUCCGACUACGCUGAAGGCGAUGCCGUUCUAGCUCGGGGGUGGCCACGCAACCAUCUCAACCUCGCACAGCACGGGUUCCGUCACGUGUGGACCCACCGAAACGGAUACCCUGAGGAUGAGAUCCCGGCAGACAUUAAGGAAUGGUUGGAUGACAACGGCCAGCGCAAAUCUGUCCGAAUGAUCGGGCCCCUACGCAGUUUGGCAUGGUUAGCGCGGCUUGGCGAACUCGUCGAAGCGAUCGACGACCCUGCCUACCUUAUCAAGGACGCCAUAGAGAUCGUUCCCUUUAGGGCAACCCUGUUGUGGCCAGUAGAGCGCCAUAUGGAAGAAGGAACGCUUCCUCGGUUGGAAUCAAGUCUGGCGUUUUUCAUUCCACAAACAAAUAGCCACAAUAUCGAUAACGAGUUUGGCCCUGGGAUUUAUACUGCCGACCAUCUGAGCCAUGCGCUCCCAUUUGUUCGUGGUGGAGGCGCCAUCAUGGUUUUUAAAGACCCGGAUAAACAUCGCACUCGGGUUUGGGAGCCAGACUCGGAAUCUUGGGGCUCUUUGGUAGCCAACUGGAAGCAUCUCCCUCUUGAGAUUGCCCAGCAAGUUCCAGAGGAGUACUACACCGCCGACUUCACGAAGGAACUAAUAUUUAACGAGGAGAGUAACGUGCGGAGUGCGCGUGGAGUCCUAACCCCUUCGGAAGAAUACCAGCUGGUUGCCUGCAGCUAUGGAGGAUGCAAAGCUUUGUCUGAUUCUCACCAGAUGAUUAUCUUUAUUACGCGGAACUAA